AUGCGAAAUUUGACACGUAAAAAAUGUUUAUUUGCUGUGAAAGAAACACAAAAGUCAAACAAGAUAUUUAGUACAAUAGCACGUCAACUUCAUUGUGAUCGUCGAACAGUUAGUCGUAUUGUCGCUCACUUCAAUGAAACAGGAUUAUUAAAUGAAGGAAAAAGACCUGGUCGACCAACAUCUCUUACUGAAGGACAACAACGGUCACUCGACAAGUACAUUUCAAAAAAUCCAACUGCAACUGCUAAUCAACUCUCAAGCUUUAUCUAUAACAAGUUCAACAUCCGAAUCAGUGAACGUACAUUACAACGAUAUCGUCGAGAUCUUGGAUUUUUUUCCACGAACACAACGAACCAAAGCCAGAUCAACACAAAUUCAAGUCGAGAAACAUCAUUUAUUUGCACUUCUCAUCUCGGUCCACAUGUUCAUAAAUGUCGUCGAUAUGCUGCCGCUCAAGAUAAAUUAAGAUCACAUUGGACGGUAUCAGUUCGUCAGUGGUUUGAUGAUAAUGGUCUUAAAUUAUUAGAUUGGCCAGCACAUUCACCUGAAUUCAAUGCAAUUGAAUAUGUUUGGCACUUACUCAAAGAAACAGUUAAAACAGCACAGCCAAAAAGUCAAGCGGAGUUGAAAGCCGUCGUCGAUCAAGCAUGCCAUCUCAUUUCACAAAAAGUCAUCCAAGGGUGUAUUUCACACAUUUCUACUUUACUCAAAGAAGAAGCAAGCAACUAA